UCUGUCAUGGCGUGUUGAAGAAGUGUACAUUUUUGUGCACGGUAAAACAUAAAUAAUGAUUCCUAGACGAAUUAUUACACUAGUUAACGUCAAAUUAUUCAGUGGUUACUGUAAAGUAUCAUGAUCAAUGUGCAUUAGUUUUAUUUAGACGUAAGUGUGAGUUAAAAUGGACAAGAAAAAUGCGAUUCGCAGGGCCAAACGGCAGUCGAAAGUGCUUGAAGAAAAUUAUUGGGAUUGUAGUGUUUGUACGUACAGAAACAACGCAGAAGCCUUCAAAUGUUCGAUGUGCGACGUCAGGAAAGGCACGUCAACGCGCAAACCUCGCAUCAACCCGGCGCUCGUGGCGGCUCAAGCGGCCGGCACAGCGCCCACCAGCUCACAGAAACGGCCGCGGUCGGCCAACUCGCUCAAGAAGAAGCGACGGCAUCCACCACGGCUUAGCAACGUGGAUCGGAGCUCGGCGCAAACCAGAGAGGUAACCGUCAGCGGCGUGACUGUAGUCAUAACGGAAUACAAACCGAAGAAGUCCGUGUCGAGUAGUUCCAGCGACGUCGAGUCUUCGAACGACGCGAGACCAUGAUGCACCAUCAACCCUCUAUACCCCAUUAUUCGUCUCACGCCUUUGCCGUUGGAUGUAUUGAAACACUAAGAUAAGUCCUAAGUUUAAGCCUAAUAGGGAUGUUUCCUGGAUAAAAGCAAGAGUUUGAAUUUGUCCGUCAGUUAACUUAUCAAAAAAUACUCGACACGUAUUUUCGCUUUUUUUAACCAAUUUAAAGAGAUAAAGCGCUCCAAAGUUCAAAAGGAAAGGC